AUGACUGCGACGCACGGCGGAGGCUGUGAAGAUGACCGCCCCAUUAAGGACAAUGUGUACACAAUCAAGCCAGGAUUUAAAAAUGAGGGGUUCCAGCACGACAAGGACACGAACACUGAUAUUGUCAAACCUCCGCCAAUUGAGGAAGACUCCUACGCUUCUGGAAAGGUGGAACUCUCCAGAGGAGAAAAGUGGAGAAUAUUGAAAAAUGUUGCAGCGGUUAGCGCGGCCUUCAUGGUUCAGUUUACUGCUUUCCAAGGAACUGCGAAUCUUCAGUCUUCUAUAAACGCUCGGGAUGGGCUUGGAACUGUAUCGUUAAGUUCUAUUUAUGCCGCGCAAGUGGUUUCUUGCAUUUUUGUACCAACGUUCCUAAUAAAGAGGCUAACAGUGAAAUGGUCCCUAUGCCUUUCGAUGAUGUGUUACGCUCCUUACAUUGCUGCGCAGUUUUACCCAGCUUUCUAUACGUUGGUACCCGCUGGAGUAUUAGUAGGUCUCGGAGCAGCUCCAAUGUGGACAUCCAAGGCAACAUACUUAACCCAAGUAGGAAGUGUUUACGCGAAGUUGACAGACCAAGCUGUGGAUGGAAUAAUUGUGCGGUUCUUUGGAUUCUUCUUCCUUGCGUGGCAGACAGCUGAACUUUGGGGCAACCUCAUUUCAAGUUUGGUAUUCUCAUCGGGAGUGCACAGUGGUAACGUGUCGACGGACAACAGCAGCAGUACUCUUCUGACAUGUGGAGCUAACUUCUGCAUGAUCGGCGGUGGAGCUCAUGACAACCAAAACCUUCACCGACCCCCAGACAACGAGAUACAAGAAAUCAGUGCCAUUUACCUUGCAUGCGUUGUAGUAGCUGUUAUUAUGGUUGCCUUUUUAGUGGAUCCUCUAUCCAGGUAUGGUGAAAAGCAAAGAAAAGCAGACCCCUCAAAAGAGCUGACUGGUAUUCAACUGUUAUCUGCUACCGCCUACCAAUUAAAGAAGCCAAACCAACAACUCCUCAUUCCAAUAACUUUAUGGAUCGGUAUGGAACAAGCAUUUAUCGGCGCUGAUUAUACGCAGGCAUAUGUAUCGUGCGCUUUGGGUAUUCGUUCCAUUGGAUACGUGAUGAUUUGCUUCGGAGUAGUGAAUGCCAUUUGCUCCCUGCUCUUUGGCUCAGUCAUGAAGUACAUUGGUCGCUUCCCCAUACUAGUAAUGGGCGCCGCCCUUCAUUUUGGCCUGAUUGUGUGGUUACUGAUAUGGAGACCGAACCCUGAGACUCCGACGACUUUCUUUGUGAUAUCAGGAUUAUGGGGAGUUGGCGAUGCUGUGUGGCAGACACAAGUUAAUGGGCUGUAUGGAGUGCUGUUCAGACGUAACAAAGAAGCCGCAUUCUCCAACUACAGGCUAUGGGAAGCUGCUGGAUUCGUCGUCGCAUACGCUUACUCCACACAUCUUUGCGCUAGAAUGAAGCUAUAUGUGAUGAUGGUCGUACUCAUUAUCGGUGUUAUUGGAUAUCUUAUUGUCGAAAUCCUUCAUAAACGAAAGACUCGUCGUUUAAAGGCGAUUGCUGAGAACCCCAUUGCAGCAGCUGAAGCAGCUAAACAGCCACCAGAAGAAGAUGAUGAAAAGGAUGAAAUCGAUGAUGAUAUUAUUGUAACUCACCUCUAA